UUUGGGACCAGCCACUGAUUUUUACAAACGUCUUGCUCUCGAUUGUUCAGGGCAACAAAUUGCUGUUGAUUUAUUCCUUUUGAACAGCCAAUACUCAGAUUUGGCAACAUUAUCCGGAAUUAGUAGGUUUAGCGGUGGCUGCAUGUAUCAUCUACCAUUAUUCAAAGCUGAUAGAGCUCAACAUGCUGAUCAGCUAUCAAAAAUGUUUGCACGUUAUCUCACUAGAAAAAUAGGAUUUGAAGCUGUUAUGAGAGUUCGAUGUACAAGGGGUAUGUCCAUACACACAUUCCAUGGAAAUUUCUUUGUCAGAUCUACAGAUCUUUUAAGUUUGCCUAAUGUUAAUCCUGAUGCUGGUUUCGGUAUGCAAUUAUCUAUUGACGAGAGUUUACAGGAUGCUCAAACUGUUUGUCUGCAGGCAGCUUUAUUGUACACGUCUAGUAAAGGGGAACGAAGGAUAAGAGUACACACGCUUUGCUUACCAGUUAGUUCCAGUUUGAGUGAAAUUAUGUUUGGUGCAGAUGCACAAUGCAUUGUUGGAUUAUUAGCAAAAAUGGCCGUUGAUAGAUCUCUGCAAUCCAGCUUGACUGAUGCUCGUGAUGCUUUUAUUAAUGUUUGUGUGGACGCAUUAGGAGCAUUCCGAGCUACACAAAACUUACCAAAUGGUUAUCAAUCACAUAGCCUUUGUGUGCCAGAAGGACUCAAACUAUUGCCACUUUAUAUACACGCACUGAUGAAACAUGUUGCAUUUAGAGUAGGAACUAGUACGAGGUUGGAUGACAGAAUCUUUGCAAUGUGUGAAAUGAAAUCUCUGCCUUUGGACCAACUAAUCAAACAAAUUUAUCCUAAUUUUUAUCCACUGCAUUAUCUGAAUGAAAUUGAUAACUAUGAUUUGGAAAAAGAAGUUCCUACACUGCCUAGACUACAAUUAACAGCAGAAAAAUUGGAUUCAAAUGGCGUAUUUCUUUUGGAUUCCGGUCCAAUUAUUUUUAUUUAUGUGGGUAGUAAUUGCUCUCCAAACUUCUUAAGGACUGCAUUUGGUGUACCUAGUAUCAUGGAAAUUCAAGAUAUUUCACAUGAACUGCCAGUGAUAUCUACUAAGCAAAAUGAGGCCAUCCAUGCUUUCAUAAAAUCAUUGAAUGAUGAAAAGCCAUAUGCUGCAGUUCUUAAUAUUAUUAGGGAUAAUGGACCAUAUAAAAAUAUGUUUACUGAGAAACUUGUGGAUGAUAGAAUGGAAAAUUCAUUAUCAUACUAUGAAUUCUUACAACAUUUAAAAACUAAUGUGAAAUGAAACUAAAUUAAUAGUGCCUAAGGCAAGUCGUGACUGUGAAGUGCUUGAGCUUUCAAGUUACUGAGUUUGUGGUUUAGUAUCCAAUAUUUGUUUUUCUUUUAUUACAGUUUUAUUAUAAAAAUGAAAUUAAAAAAGUGUUAUUUGUUCUCUCGACAGACAUUUAGACAUUUUAAUGUGCUUAUGGAU